CAGCAAAAAUGGGCAGCAAGGCGGCUACAGCACCCUUCAUGCAGCUCUCCCCAGAGGCCACCACGGAGCUCCAGCGCUACCGUGUCCUGGCCCCCAAGGCCGGCGUGCGAGUGUCGCCUCUCGCCCUGGGCGCAAUGUCCAUUGGCGAGAGCUGGUCCGAGUUCAUGGGCUCCAUGGACAAGGAGAGCGCCUUCAAGCUGCUCGACGCCUUCUUCGACGCCGGCGGCAACUUCAUCGACACGGCCAACAACUACCAGGACGAGCAGUCGGAGGCGUGGAUCGGCGAGUGGGCGGCAAAGAGGGGAGUCAGAGACCAGCUGGUGAUUGCCACCAAAUUCACGUCGGACUACAAGAGCCACGAGCUGGGCAAGGGGAGAGCUCCCAACUUCCAGGGCAACCAUAAGAAGUCCAUGUUUUUGAGCGUCCGGGACUCGCUCAAGAAGCUGCAAACGGACUAUAUCGAUAUCCUCUAUGUCCACUGGUGGGAUCACACCGUCGACAUCAAGGAGCUGAUGGACUCGCUGCACAUCCUCGUGGAGCAGGGCAAGGUGUUAUAUCUGGGCGCGUCGGACAUGCCUGCUUGGGUCGUCAGCGCGGCAAACACAUACGCGACAGACCACGGCAAGACGCCCUUUGUCAUCUACCAGGGCCGGUGGAACGUCAUGGUCCGGGACUUUGAGCGCGAAAUCAUCCCCAUGGCGUCCAAGUUCGGCAUGGCCCUGGCGCCCUGGGACGUGCUCGGGGGCGGAAAGUUCCAGACCAAGAAGGCCAUUGAGGAGCGCAAGAAGAACGGCGAGACGCUCCGCGGCUUCACGCCAGCCCGCGAUCAGACGCCGGACGAGGAGAGAGUCAGCGAGGCCCUGGCCAAGGUGGCCGCCGAGCACGGCACCGAGUCUGUCACGGCGAUUGCCCUGGCCUACGUCUUGCACAAGGCUGCCAACGUCUUUCCCAUUGUCGGUGGCCGCAAGAUCGAACACCUGCAGGACAAUAUUCGCGCGCUGAGCAUCAAGCUCACCGAUGAGCAGAUCAAGUACCUCGAGAGCGUGAAGCCGUUUGACCUGGGGUUCCCGCUCAACUUCCUCGGCCAGGAUCCGAAUGUUACCGGGUACUCGGUGCGGUUGGACAGGACGGCUAAAUUCACAUUUCCCAAUGCCAGGCAGCAAAAGAGCGUAUGA